AUAAAAUAGCCAAGUGCUAGAAGGCGCAGCAGACGUAAGAACGACGGAGGGAGAUCUGGUCUUAAUCAUUGGCGAGUUUAAGGGAAGCUACGCCUGAUGUACAGAGGGGAAAUAUAGCUGAUACAUUCUGGAGAAGCGACGCCCUGGAGUGCGUUCACCAUGAUGCGCCAGAAACGCCUGGUUUUUACCCCGACCGUCACCUCAGCCGAGUCUAAAAUCCCUACGGAACCUCGUUCUGAUCUCCCACUCGCAUUUGUUUACAUCUAGAAGCCAAAGGAGAAAAUGGAGAUCAACUCAGUGUGUGGUCAGAGAAGCUUGAGUGUACUGGACCGCCUCUUACUCACUCACUCCAUCUGGCUCCAGCUGUCCGUCACCGCCGACUCCGCCCUCAACAUUCUCAAGAGGGAACCAGUAGGGACAUUUCUGGUGUGUAAGUGUGGUUCCUCCCAGAAGAAGUUGUUGUGUGUGAGAGUGGGUGCUGACAACUCUAUUUUGGCAGUGAAACAGCACCGCAUCCGAGAAGAGGAGUCCACGUUUGCUUUGGAGGGUUCAGCUUUGAGUUUCCCAGACCUGUGCAGACUUGUGGCUUUCUACUGCGUAAGCAGAGAUGUGCUGCCCUUUCCUCUGGAGCUCCCAGAGACCAUUGCUCAGGCCUCCUCACACACACAGCUGGAGGCCAUCUCUCACCUGGGCUCAGAGUUCUGGAGCUCCCAGCACACUGCCUCCACCUCCGCCCCUCUUAACGGCCCCCCGUCGGAUGGGACCCCCUAUCGGCCGACGCCCUGCUUCAUCAACCCCCUCUUCCUGCAGCCGCCCGAGCCCGUUGAGGAACGCGCCGCCUCCAGCAAGCGCCACCGCUUCCGUCGCAGCCUGCGCGUGCGCGUCUCCACGGAGACUUCGCUCAGCCUCUCUUCAGGGGCGGAGUCAGGAGGAGGCGGUGAGGGGGCGACCAAUCACACGCUGUAUAGGAGGGGCGGGCCGGCCGCGGGGAUGCUGAAGAGGAGCCCUGCGCUGUCGCCGACAUCAGAGGAGGAGGAUGAGUUCAUGGCCCAGCAUGCAUCACAGGACACAAACAGCAGCAGUGUGAGUGGGGAGCAGUGUCAGGAGCCGGAGCCGCAGUCCUGCACUGUGGAGGAGGCCUGCCUCUCGCUGGAGACCACCCGGGCACCCUCGCUGUCUGCUCUGGACAGCAGCAGCUCCUUCAGCAGCCUGGAGGAAGAUGACGAUGACGAAGGAGAGUGGGCAGGGCUCGGCGGCGGCGGUGGUCGCCCUGGCCGUGUCCCGGCGUCCUCAACCUCUUCGGCGUCCUCGACCUCGUCGCACUCCCAGCGGCCAUCGCUGAAGCGCAUGAGCGCGGCGUUCGUGUGUCUGUUUGCGCCGGAGCGCCGCGUGGCGCGGCUGAUCCUGCAGCUGUCGCGGGACCCGCGCUCGGCCUUCGGCGCCCUCGUGCAGGACUUCCUGUGCACCAAGCGCCAGGAGCUCAACGCCCUGCAGGGGGCGACAGAGAGCAGUGGUGGUGGCAGGGAUGCCGCCUCGGAGGUGCUCCAGGGACUGCGGAAGUUCCUCACCCAGGCCAAGGGCUUCCUGCUGGGCUCAGGCGAGCUGGAGCCCCCCAUCGAGACGCUGGUGCCGGAGAAUGAGAAAGACCUGGCUCUGGAGAAGGCCAUGUUCGGCUGUGUACUGAAGAGAGAGAACCUGGCGCUGGAGAAGGCCAUGUUCGGGCUUCACAUUGGCCCCGAGGGCAUGCAGGCCUGCCAGAAGUGCCUGCUGGCAGCUCACUGGGCAGGCCUGGCAGAGGGCAUGGGGCUCCUGGACGCCAGUGGCAUAUCGCGGGCUCGGAGGAAGCUGACGCUCAUGGCCCGGACGCACUCGCCCAUCGACAAGGUGCUCCUGCUGCUCCAGGUGUGCAAGAGGGUGUACCAGAGUCUGGACACACAGCCAGAACAGGAAGUGACAUCAGAGCACUUCCUGCCUGCUCUGGCAUAUGUCCUGGUAUGCUGCAAUAUGCCUCUGUUGCUGCUGGAAGUGCAGUAUAUGAUGGAACUGCUAGAGCCAUCAUGGUUGACUGGAGAGGGUGGAUAUUACUUGACGAGUGCCUACGCCAGCCUAUGCCUGAUUCAAAGCCGCCCACAAGCUCCGCCCACAGGCGGGAUGACCAGUGAGGCCCAGGAGAAGCUGAGGGAGUGGAGCCGGCGGCGUGGACAGGAGAAUAUCACACAUGCCCCAUCAAACCAGAACCAGAGGCUUGUCCGCGUGCUCUACCAGGAGGGAGGCCAGAGCGUGGUGCGCACCCUGCAGUGGGUGGACGGCGAGCCCGCCUCCUCACUGGCCCUCAGCUGCGCCACGGCCUUCGCCGUCGGCCAGCCGCACUGCUACGGCCUCUUCUGCCGGGCCGCCGGUGGCGAGAUGAAGCCCCUCCCACCACACGCACUGAUCCACGAGGCGCACGCCCACUCCAUCGGGUCUCUGCCCUCGCUGUCGUACCUGCGCGUGGAUCAUGACACCGGCAAGGUUCGCCGGCUUACCAGAGGGGGCGCUGUGGAUUUGGGAGGCUCGGUGUGCGAGGAGUAAGAUGGAGCAGAAUAACACCAACCAGGAAGUGGGGAGUAAAAACUAAAGGAAAUGUCCUCGGCAACCAUUUUAUUUUCCUGUCAGCUUAAAAGUCCCUCUCUGGACUCACUCCUGUUGGAUGCUAAGUGUUUCUCCUUCUCGUGGCAUCAGUAUAUGAACUUAAAGUUGGAGACUUGAAAUGACUACUCUAAUGACCGAGAUUGCAGAGGGGAUCAUUAUUAGCAUGGCCACCUCCAUACACUUGGACCCCCUUGGACUGUGACGGGACCUGGUGUUUCUUUGAUGUUCCUGAGGACGCCUCCGAAGAUUAUUGAGUGCAAGGAUCUUGUUUUAAGGGAUUAGUUUCCAGAAGUUCAAGCAAUUCACCUGGCAAUAGACAGAGCAAUAUAGUUUUCCAGGUUUGUGGGCGCCAACUCUCAGUCUUUUGGUGCACCAUGACUAUUUUAUAAUUGAAGGCCCUGAAAGAUCUGUGAUUCUUCAUGCCAAGACGGUGCUGAACAAUGACAACCCUGCUAUAGAUAGAUAGAAAACACAGAGACAUCGCUAAUCUCUAACUGGCCCUGUUUUUGCUGUUUAGAUUGUUGGGGCUAAAUAUCAACUACCAAAGUGUUUAGUUUCUUGUUUGUGUUAUUUUCUCUCUCUUAUGGAGUCUCCACUUUAGGCUUACAGUAAGAGGCACAUACGAGAAGCUAUUUUAAGAUGAAUGGUUUGAUUUCUAUUGAUGGAAGGAAAGAAUGUUUUUCAAAGCAAUCUGAAACAUCAGGAGCUGGGAAAUAGCAGCUUGUGGGUGUAUGAAGACAGAUCUAUUUACACAAUAAUAGCAGACAAACAGAACACAUUUACUGUACAAAUAUAACAGCGCAAAAUUCAGUGUUUUGAAAAAGCCUGUUGCUUUUUUUCAGACCCAUUCAUUGGUCUGGUGUUUCCUUCUGCAAACAAUAAAAACACAUAAGCAUUUAUAUAACAAAAGGAAAGUGUACAAAUCACAUCUAAAUUAUUUUUUCCCCUUUCUCUUUGUGCCUCACUCUACCGAUAUCUUUCUCUUCCUUCUGUCUUAUAUUCUCUUGAAGUUUCCUUUCGAUCUAUACAAAUACAAAAAUAACAUUCCAUGUAAAAAAAUGUUGUUUUCUUUGUAACAGACAAUCUGAUUGGAUGGUUUCAGUGAGUCCAGCUCAUGCGAGGCUUCGCUUCAUUCGCUGAAUGUGAAAGUAACACCUUACGGUGGUCCAAUGAAUGCACAGCUCUCAGUCAGGGUGACUGCCUGCUUUGCUGCCUGUUCUGGGUCUACAGGGCCAACUGACUGUUUGACUGUGUGUAUGUGUGUGUUGGGAAGGUUGGGUUGUGAGUGUAUAUUAAUUUAUUUCAAUAUAUCUUUCAAUUUUAAUAUAAUUACUGACAAUUAUUGAAGUAUGAAUUGUAUUCAUUAUUAUGAUGACCAGUUGAAUGUGGGGAAGGGGGGCUUCAAGAUAUUUUCUUUGGAUGACAGAUAUCUCUGUGGCUGUUGAAUUUUGACAUGUAAACUUUCUGCAUGCUGUGCAGUAAUAAUAUGAGAAUGUGUGUUGUGCAUGUGUUUGUGUAUAUGUGUAUGUCUAUGCAGUAUGUAUUGUAUGUGUGUUAUGAAUAUUGGUUUAUUUUCUGCUGAAUGUGGUGACGUAAUCCACACAAGUUGUUUUUUUGUUUUUUUUUGUUACUGUUGGUAUUGAUUUCUUCUAAACGUUGUAUCCUAGUAGUAUCUCAGUAGUAUUGUUCAGUAUCAAACAUCAUUAAAACAAAUGAU